AUGGCUGACAAAGGCAAAAAGGGCAAAGGGCACCUGCUCCAGUGGCACCUGCACCGGCGGCACCAUCGCAGGCAGCGCCCCCCCCCGGCCCACGCACCCCCAGACAAGAAAGAUGAGAAGGAGGCAAAGCCCAAGGCCAUGCAGCCCAGGGUUGAAGUGGGCACGAGGAAGGGGUGUCACCGCUACAGGUGGGAGCUCAAGGACAGCAAUAGGGAGUUCUGGAUGAUGGGGCAUGCCGAGGUCAAGAUCCUGGCUGUGGGCUGCCUAGCAGCUUCACUGAUACUGUUCACGGGGACCACUGUCCACCCUCUCCUGACACUCAUCGUCACCAUGGAGCUGUCCAUCUUCUGCUUUUUCUUGAGUAUCUACACCUUCGCCAUCCAGAGAUACAUGCCCUUCAUCCUGUGGCCCAUUUCUGACCUUCUCAAUGGCCUGUUCGCCUGUGGGUUCCUCGUGGAGGCCAUCAUCUUUGCCGUGAGAAGUCGACAAACCAUGCCCGUGCACUACCUUGUUGCUGUGAUCCUUAUGGGUGUGGCAGGAUUUUUUGCUUUAAUUGAUGUAAGUCUCCAAAGAAAACACUUCAAAGGCAAGAAAGUCAGAAAGAACGUGCUGGUCCCUCCUCCACCAAAGGACAAAAGAAAGGAAGAGUCCCCCAUGCCACCCCCAGAUGCAAAGCCAAAGGCACCAGAAAAAGCGCCAAAAAAGGAAAAGGUGAAGGGAGGCCAGAAGUGACAUGGAGGAGCCACCUACUGUCAGAAAUGGCAGUGUAUUCUACAACAAGACAGAUUUCUACUGUCUUCCUUGGCUUCUUUCAAGAAUGACUUUCUUUUCCAUUUUAAUAACCACCUUUGCUUGGAAAAGGACUUUAAAUGGAUUUCAAAGCUUAAAGUUGGCCUACACAUUACUUUGUUCAUUCAACCAAAGUUACUGAGAGUUGUGGAGCAGAAGGCAAGGCUGGAGCUGGGCCCCUUGGGGGGCACGCAGGGCACAGAGGGUCUGGGGGACCAGCAGUGAGGGAGACACUGGCUCUCAAUACCAAGCAGCCGAAGGGGCCACAGGAAAAGGGCAGACGGGGAGGCAAAAGGAUGCAUCUUAUUCAGAUUCAUGUUUUCCCUCUCCAUUUGUUUAAAGCAUCCAGGUAUUUGCUGGGAGGAAAUCCAGGUCGUUGGCUUUCCUUGCUUUCACUCUGCAGUGUAGAAUUGGUGCUCACGGGAAGUGAACUCAGGUGGAGGGCAACAGGGGUGACAACAGGGGCUCAGGGCUCAGGGCCUCCAGGAGCUGGAGUCAGGCUGGCAGACAGGCCAAGCAGGGUGGGCACAGGAGGGACUCGGGGGACAGUUCCCUCAGAGAGCAGCCAGCCAGCCCCCUGGGACCUGCAGUGUCUCCCUCCAGUGAGGAACUGGGCACAAGCCCUGAGCCAGACCCAGCUGGGCUCCAGAGCCACAGUACACACACAUAUGCUUCCAUCAGGGCCAUGCUCCCGCCGGGCAUUCCAGCCGACCUGACAGGGAAGGUCACCCUCAUGAGAGGAAAGCCAGGUCCCAUAUCAAUGCCUGAGUUGCUGGGAGGAAGUCUGGGGAGGGAGGGAAGUCCCCAGCCCAGCCACAGACAACAUGAGAGAGGCUGGGAGGGUCAGCAGGCCUUGGAAACUUGGGGCUCUGUCCUAAGUGCCAAGGGGUCCCUGAAGGCCAGGAAGUGGCAGGGUCCGCUUACACAAGAAGGAGAGCCCACACUCGGGGGCUGCGGAAGAGAGAGGCUGGCUGGAGGCUGGCUGCUGCCUUCGUUCAGGUGGGGAAGGUGGGUGGCUGGGGCAGUACCCAGUAACGAAGCAGGCAGAGCUGGAGUUCGGGACAGCCAUGGCAGCCCCUGACCCCAGCCAUAGCACCUCCACCCUUCAAGGCCACUACUCCCUCUGUGGCCCCCACAGCACACCCUGCAGGCCAGGCAGGGUGAGGCAAC